CGCUUGGAACGAAAGCGGUGCACCCAGUUCUACCAAAUCUCUGACAAACGCGUUCCAGACGACUCGAGAGGCGCGUCGUCGUUCCACACGAACUCGUCACCGGAAGCUGCAGCAGCGGCGGAUCAGAGUGGUGCCGACUCCCUUUUCUGAGACCGGCGCGAAAUGACCGCUCUCCCAACGGCGCGCGGCCUUUUCAGGCAGCUGCUUCGCGCUCGAGCGGUGGCAUUUAGGGGCGAUCAGACCGCGCUGAACGCGUCGAGAGAGGAGAUUCGCAAGCACUUCCAGGAGUCUGCGCACCUGGAACCUGAAGAGGCGAGGAAAAAGAUCGAGGAGGGCGUCGAGGCGGAAUCAUUCAUCAGGCUUCACGUCGUCCAGGCGCAGGUCAACGACAAAGGCAACUACGAGAUGUCGAUAGAGCCGCAGCACGUGGACAGGGCGGUGCCGGGGGAGAAUACGAUCGAGUCCCCAGAUGGCGGCGGCGGAUGCUCGAGCGGGAAGACGUAGUGAACGCGCGCGAAGGCAGCGAGCUGGAUUAGAUUGUUUUCUUCAUAGCACACCUGAUAAUACAACAGCGUCCCUAUCUUAU